CGGGUGGUCGGCCGGAAAGUACGAUUUUAUAAUUAUAACAAGCCAACUUUGAUGCGCGUACUGCUGUAAGAACCUGCGGUGGAGCAUUUUUCCCUUCCUUGUUUGCGUGUAUGUGUGUGUGUGUGGGACGGUGUUUGUUGGUGCCCAUUAGUGUGUCGUCGUCGUAAGAUCGUCCGCGUAAUCCGCAGCGCAGCGAAAGCGACCGCCAGGAGGACAUCCCCCGACAUCGUCUUCGAGUCCCUUGGGGCCGCGAAUUUUUGCCGUCUUGGUCAGCGGAGGUGCUUGUUGAGGAGGAAAGUCAAGACGCAAAAUGCCGCCAAAGAAGAAAACCGAUUUAGACGACUUGAAGCAGGAGUUGGAUAUUGAUUAUCAUAAGAUCACACCGGAGGAACUGUAUCAGCGACUUCAGACACACCCGGAAAAUGGUCUCAGUCAUGCGAAAGCCAAGGAGAAUCUAGAACGAGAUGGACCAAACGCCCUGACCCCUCCAAAACAGACGCCCGAAUGGGUGAAGUUCUGCAAGAAUCUCUUCGGCGGUUUCGCUCUGCUGCUGUGGAUCGGUGCCAUUUUGUGUUUCAUCGCUUACGGUAUUCAGGCCAGUACCGUCGAGGAACCGGCCGAUGAUAAUCUGUAUCUCGGUAUCGUGCUGGCCGCUGUCGUGAUAGUGACCGGUAUUUUCUCAUACUAUCAGGAAUCGAAAAGUUCAAAGAUUAUGGAAUCGUUCAAGAACAUGGUCCCCCAGUUUGCUACCGUUCUGCGUGAGGGCGAAAAGCUGACGCUGCGCGCUGAGGAUCUUGUCAUCGGUGACGUCGUGGAGGUUAAGUUCGGUGAUAGGAUACCGGCAGAUGUUCGUAUCAUCGAGGCGCGGAACUUCAAGGUCGACAACUCUUCGCUGACUGGUGAAUCGGAGCCGCAGUCCCGUGGACCCGAUUUUACCCACGAGAACCCGCUGGAAACCAAGAACUUGGCUUUCUUCUCGACCAAUGCCGUGGAAGGUACUGCGAAGGGCGUUGUCAUCAGCUGCGGUGAUUAUACCGUGAUGGGCCGCAUUGCUGGACUGGCUUCCGGUCUGGACACCGGCGAGACUCCGAUCGCUAAGGAAAUCCACCACUUCAUCCACCUGAUUACGGGCGUCGCUGUGUUCCUCGGUGUUACUUUCUUCGUCAUUGCCUUCAUUCUCGGUUACCACUGGCUGGAUGCCGUGAUUUUCCUGAUCGGUAUCAUCGUCGCCAACGUACCGGAGGGUCUGCUGGCCACGGUCACUGUGUGUUUGACGCUGACGGCCAAGCGUAUGGCUUCGAAGAACUGUCUGGUGAAGAACUUGGAGGCCGUCGAAACGCUCGGAUCCACCUCGACUAUCUGCUCGGAUAAGACCGGAACCCUGACCCAGAACCGUAUGACAGUCGCUCACAUGUGGUUCGACAAUCAGAUCAUUGAAGCCGAUACCACGGAGGACCAGAGCGGUGUGCAGUACGAUCGCACCAGCCCCGGUUUCAAGGCACUGUCCCGCAUCGCUUCGCUGUGCAACCGCGCCGAGUUUAAGGGUGGCCAGGAUGGUGUGCCGAUUCUGAAAAAGGAGGUUAGCGGUGAUGCUUCCGAAGCUGCACUGCUCAAGUGCAUGGAACUGGCUCUCGGUGACAUAAUGAGCAUCCGCAAGCGCAACAAGAAGGCAUGCGAAAUCCCAUUCAACUCGACCAACAAGUAUCAGGUAUCGAUCCACGAAACGGAAGAUCCGAGCGACCCGCGCUAUCUGCUGGUAAUGAAGGGUGCCCCGGAGCGUAUUCUGGAGCGUUGCUCGACGAUCUUCAUCAACGGCAAGGAGAAGAUGAUGGACGAAGAGAUGAAGGAAGCGUUCAACAACGCGUACCUAGAGCUUGGAGGUCUUGGCGAGCGUGUUCUUGGUUUCUGCGAUUUCCUACUGCCCUCGGACAAAUACCCGGUCGGUUUUAAGUUCAACUCCGAUGAAGUCAACUUCCAAGUGGACAAUCUGCGCUUCGUCGGUCUGAUGUCGAUGAUUGAUCCACCUCGUGCCGCUGUGCCAGACGCCGUUGCCAAGUGCCGCUCGGCCGGUAUCAAGGUUAUUAUGGUUACCGGCGAUCAUCCGAUCACUGCCAAGGCUAUCGCCAAGUCGGUUGGUAUCAUUUCGGAGGGUAACGAAACGAUUGAGGAUAUUGCACAGCGUUUGAACAUCCCCGUUUCGGAGGUUAAUCCUCGCGAGGCAAAGGCUGCCGUUGUGCACGGUUCGGAGUUGCGUGAUCUGUCGUCUGACCAAAUGGAUGAAAUUCUGCGUUAUCACACCGAAAUUGUGUUCGCUCGUACCUCACCGCAGCAGAAGCUGAUCAUCGUCGAAGGUUGUCAGCGUAUGGGGGCCAUCGUGGCCGUAACUGGUGACGGUGUUAACGAUUCACCUGCUCUGAAGAAGGCCGAUAUCGGUGUCGCUAUGGGUAUCGCCGGUUCCGAUGUGUCGAAGCAGGCUGCGGACAUGAUUCUGCUCGAUGAUAACUUUGCCUCAAUCGUUACCGGUGUUGAGGAGGGACGUCUGAUUUUCGAUAACUUGAAAAAAUCGAUCGCAUACACACUUACGUCCAACAUUCCGGAAAUUUCGCCCUUCCUUGCUUUCAUCCUGUGCGACAUUCCGUUGCCUCUUGGUACCGUUACGAUUCUGUGUAUCGAUCUGGGAACUGAUAUGGUACCUGCCAUUUCGCUAGCCUACGAACACGCAGAGUCUGAUAUCAUGAAACGACCACCACGUGAUCCAUUCAACGAUAAACUUGUGAAUGAGAGACUUAUUUCGAUGGCUUACGGUCAGAUCGGUAUGAUUCAGGCUGCCGCAGGUUUCUUCGUGUACUUCGUCAUCAUGGCUGAAAACGGUUUCCUGCCACUGAAACUGUUCGGUCUCCGCAAGAGCUGGGAUUCGAAGGCCAUUAACGAUCUCACAGAUUCGUACGGCCAGGAAUGGACCUACCGUGAUCGUAAAACACUCGAGUUCACCUGCCACACCGCGUUCUUCGUCUCGAUCGUUGUCGUCCAGUGGGCCGAUUUGAUCAUCUGUAAGACACGCCGUAACUCGAUUUUCCAUCAGGGCAUGAGAAACUGGGCCCUCAACUUCGGUCUUGUGUUCGAAACGAUACUGGCUGCCAUCCUGUCCUAUACUCCGGGUAUGGAUAAGGGUCUGCGUAUGUUCCCACUGAAGUUCGUCUGGUGGCUCCCAGCUUUACCGUUCAGCUUGUCCAUCUUCGUGUAUGACGAAAUUCGUCGCUUCUACUUGAGACGCAACCCAGGUGGCUGGCUAGAGCAAGAAACGUACUAUUAGGUCAACAAAUUUAUAUUUAAAACGAUUAAUUAAAAUCAACUCCCCAAACAAAACAAAAAACACAUGCACCAACAACAACAACAAAGCUACACAUAGACAGGCAUACAAAGAACACGCAGCUACAUACACACACCCGAAACAACAGAAACUGGUGGAGAGAAUGAGAGAAAGAGCUAAGCUACAAUUGAAAUCGGAGCGGUAUUGAAAACCGGUGUUGAUAGUUUGCGAGCAUAAAAAUAAACUAAUCAUUAAUACGAACGAAUAGAAACGGGAGGAUGAUGAUGAAGUUUUAGUACAGCAGCGCAGCAGUUAGUUAGGGUAAGAAGAUCGGCCACAACUGAGCCAAACCCACACCCCACUGGCAAGGCAAGCGAUGAACCGAGACGAUGCCAUAAGUAGUGUGUGCUGCUCCGGAAGUGGCACUGACGGAAUGGGAAAGGUUGCGAGAGUCGGUUGGAAUGAUGAUGGUAUGAUGUACGAGGACGAAACGUAAUUAUAUUUUUCUUAUCAUACAUUUUAAAGCGGCAGCGAGCCCUGCGAACAGUGUGCGCGAAGCAGUGUCGUCGGGGGCAAUCCGAUACUAUUGUUUUGAGGGCACGGCCCAUCUGCAGUCCGUGGCUCAGCAAAGUUGAUGGGCAGCCGAGUUAAAACACGGUUGAACGGUAGCUGAAUGUGUGGCGUGGCGUGGCGUAAGUUGUGGUACAGUGGGGGGCGUUUUUUACUUUCCAUGUUAUUGUUGUCUCGGUUAAGCAGAGAGAAAAAAGUGCAAACAAUUCGUCCGAUGUAAAAACUAUGAUACGAACAAAACGACAGCUCUUGUUUACUCGGUAUGAGUUUUCGCAGUCCCCUAUUGGCCCCAGGUUUGCAAGGCCACUAUCGUCCCGAGUGUCUACCAACAGGUCAUCCAUUGUUUGUGCGCUCAGUUUCAGACUGUAUUCCUCGGGUUCGAGCGAUUACUGUUCCCAUUACUGUGCCGGUUGGUUUGUGUAUCUGUUGUGUGUAUGCGCCAAGGAACCAUGUUGCGUGAUGAUUGAGUAUUGGCCGCAGAAAGUGAGAAGAAAAACACUUGAACGUACUUUCUCGUUUAGAUAAAGCACACGUGUUUAAGGUACAAGUUUUAAGGAUACCAUUUGAGUAGACGAUGAGAACCCAAUAGGCAAGCAAGCAGACAGGCAGGCAGGCAGGCAGGUCAGGUGUGUGCAACACAAAAUGGUCGCGAUAAAAUGCUGCGUGUGCUUACGAUAGUCACUGCUGCCAGCCACAAUAAGAAGAAGAACUCAAAAAAGACACUAACGGCAGACAUUUGAUCUGCUUGCGGGUUGUUUUUUAUUAUUGUUAUUAUUCUCAAAGCUUUUCCGCUAGCCUUGUGCGUGUGCUGUUCAUGAUGUGAGUGUUUGCGGUUAGGAGUCGGUUUUGCCUAUUUCUAUUUUUCUGUUUUGUGUAUUCGCUGUCCAUAGUACGUUGAAACUAUUUGCUGCCAACAUCGUAUCAUCAAUCGCCAUAAUGCCAUCACGUUAUAUCGUUACCCGUCACAGCCACCGUUACAAAUCGAUGAAUUCCGCCAUGCGGCAGAGCGAGCGUGACAGCGCGGAAAUGGUGAAGAUAGAAACAAUUUAGCAGAGUCGAGAAGCUGCUGCACAGUAUGUUUUGUGCGCACCAUGUUUUUCACACACUCAAACACACCACGCGUAAGGUAUAAUGUGUAUUUCAUAAGUGUAUAACGUAUGUCUUCGUUACAAGCAUACAGCGCAAUUAUACCCCGAUUCAUAGCUGAAACUGACAUCCUAGUUCACGUCCAGAAGGAAAGCAAAUAAAACUAAAAACUGCUACACCGUAAUACCGAGAUAUGCCAUCAACUUCUAGACGAGCGACACGACAAAAUACCUUCAAGGACACACGCGCAAACAGACACACAUACACAGACACACACACACAUUCAAGCACAGGAUCUGUGCGUUAUACUAAAGGAGGAAAGGUUCACGUUGUCCGCCGGUGGUUGAAGUGCGGAACUUUCUCUGAAUUUUCCCACGUUCAUUGUUCUCUAAUUAAAGAUAAAUUAAUAAAACGGCGGAAAGAAAUCGAGAUACACUCAUAGACGACAUAACCACACACGUACAGACACAUGAAACACAUUGAAAAAGCUACGACGCAAAUUGAUCAACUCGUUGUUAGUUACAAAGAAAAGAAAAGGUAAUAAAGUAAAUAAUACGCUCGGAACAUAAUUUAAAAUGAAUAAAAAAAAAACAUAGUAAUAGAAGAAGACAGCUGGGCAGAGAACCGUAAGGAAUAUUAAAGAAACAAAAAUUUGCGUAAGAAAAUAAAGCAACACAAUGCGAAAAGAAACAAGAUUAGUGCUGUAGUCGUUGUGAGGUGCAUGAAACAAGACGAAACAUGAUCCCCACAAACUCACACAAACAAACCCACACAUACACACACACAUACUCACCACUACCGGCAUGCAAACAAAACACGAUGAUAUACACAUAUAGAGAGAGACAAACACAAAUUACCCACCCGCGGAUCAAAAAAUCACAAAUAAACGCAGAAAUGCAUGAGAAACGAGAGAAAAAUAUUAAGCCCUAUAAAAAAAUGCAAAAGAGUCACUGAAACACUUAGAAUCGAAAUAGAGUUUGAUGAAUAUGCGAACGAAGAUGAUACAUGCAGACAGAACAGCAAAAGCUACAAAUAGAGCAACAAAAUUUGUUAUGUUCAUAAGAGAAACAAAACCAGAGCAGAGCUGAGAGAUAACGUUAAAAGUAGAGAAUUAAAUAAACAAAAAAAACGCGGAUCUGUUUUUUAUUUCUUUUCCCGAGUUUCCCGAGUGUGCGUAUGAUAGAACUUAUUUCGCGUACACAACAUUUCGUUUCAUUUCGUUUACCCUUUCGUUUCUUUCUAUGCACUUUUGACUUUCAUCGAAUUUCCUCGAUCGAAAUUUGCUGUUUUUGUGUUUUAAUGAGCCAGCUUAACAGCAGAAUCGAAAGAGGGGCUACCCACAAGAAAACUGAGCGUUCAGUUUCAGCGGCUGGUUUUGUUGAUGUUUCUCCCAAUUUUAAUACUAUUAUAUUGUGAAACUUUUUGGUAGCUUCUAAAGCAGAGUAAGUAUAAUGUAGAAAGUAUAACAAAAAAUAAAUCAGCCUAAGUCUUGUUAGUGUUUGAAUUGCGCAGAAAAAAACACGAUCGAACGAAAAGAAUCAGAAAUUCAAACAAACUUGAGUCCAAGAAACAAGAACGGUAGAACGAACAGAUGGUCAAUACGACACCAGAGGAGCCGAACGACGAGCGACCGGAACAAGGGAUGACGGACGGUGUAGACAAACUGCAGAGAAGAUUAAAUCAUACACAAGCAACGCGUCAAAUGAAACUGCCCGAUUGUUGUAAAUGAAGAAAAAAAAUAAUUAUAUACUAAAGGUUAAUAAUGCGAUUCAGUCGAGGAGAAACAUAGGCUAAAUGCACUCAGAUAAAGGAAAAUUAAAAACAAAGAAAAAAACAAAAGCGCAUCGCCUCAAGACGGUAAUGAACGGAAAACAGAACUAAAAAACCUAUACCGAAAACCCAUGCAGAUAAAUAAUAACAAAUAAAAUACCGUGCAAUCGCUCCUGCUUUUCUCUUACUUAAGUAUUCCAGCCGGAGCCGGUAGUAGAAGAACCAAGCGAAUCGCGAGCAAUUAAGACCACUUGAAAGGGAGACUCUGUUUCGUUACCGCAAAGUACUAAUUCGCCUACUUGCGCCGAUCAGUUCUUGCGUGCAACGGCGUGCGCGGCUGCACCACUUCACUGGGUCACACAUUCACGUGUGCGUACGUGAAUAUGGUUGAUCGUAGGCAUAGAAGAUCGCUAAUCAUGCAGCCUCUGUCCUCUCCCGAUAGAAGUUGAAAAAACUCCACUUAUACACACACACACGCGCGCAAAACAUAUAAACGUUACACGUAACAAAGCAGAUAGUGACGCAUACCAAUCGGGAAAAAAGUAAGUCAAAGCAGACAGUUAAAACCAAACGACGAACACAUAAAAAGAUAAAAACUAUGAUUAGCUAAAUUUGCAGCAAGCUCUUGUAAGAAAGUAAGCAACACACAAGUUUAAAAAGAAAGUAAGCUCGUUCAAACAAAACACAACCAAAACCAACAACUGAAAGACAAACGAUUACGCAAACUCGCAGUGUAAAACGGGCGGAGUAGAAUUGCGAGCAUGCAAUGCGAUUUAGUAAAAUGCAGGAUAAUACUAACUCUGUCGGUAAAAUCAAGCAAGUUAACGGUAAGUCUGUGAAGCCGCUGCAUGGGACGAACCAGUUGGAAAGCGCGCCCUCGCCGUACCACGUGGAGCGACACAAAUCCGCCUGGCUGUCCUCUGUAGGUGACACGCGCCACUAGUGGUCGAUUCGUACGUCAACGGCUCUGGCAGUAAACGGCGGCAACACCAGCACGGAACGCAAGACCAUGGUGUAACAUCAGUGGAAGGAUACAGUAGAUAACAUCGGCGAAACAAAACGAACCAUCUAAUACGGAAUGGACUAUAGUUUCUGAAUGAAUAAACGAAAAAUAAGAACCUGAAAGAUUUGUCAAAUAAAACAGAGAAAUAGUAUUGAAAAAAAAGAAUAAAAAACU